CUUGAACAGCCAGGCAGCUUGGUUACUAAUGGCAACAGUCAAGGUGAACGAGUGCAUAUGAUUUGCUCGGAUUUAAAUGUUUGGCACAUUGAAACCAAAGUCUGCAUCUGUUUGAUUCUGUACCUGCCAAAGAGCCAAUUAGAGGUUGUAACAUUUUACUUUUCCAGAAGUAAUAAGGGGGAGAUUUUACAGUAAAGGGAGUCGGUAGAUACUGUAACAAUGUUAUCACAGAUUAGAUCAACGUUAGUUAUUUAAGUGUCAAAAAAUUGUGAAAGUUGCCAAGCUCACAAGCUCCCAGAGUCGAAGGUGACAUCUUCAAAUUGCUUCUUUUGUCUGACCAACAGUUGAAAACCAAAAUAUAUUCAAUUUACAUUGAUUCAAAUGAAGAAAAGCAGCAAAUCCUCAAAUUUAAGAAGCCUGAAAAAAUUCAUAUCUAUACGUAGCAGCAUGGCUCUAUAGAUGCAACGUCAGUUAGUCGUUUGGUCCAUCACUUUGGUCCAGACUAAAAUAUCUCAACAACAAUCGUGACCUCCAGAGGAUGAACCGUUUUGUGGGGGGGACAUUAGUAUUUGGUGUCAUCAGGUCAAAAGUUCAAUUUGUCCAGUAAUUUGGUUUAUGAGCAAAUACCUGCAAACCUAAUGACAUUUAGCCUCAGCUGUAAGCUACUUACUGUAUGUUUAGUGCUAAUUAGCAAAUGUUGACAUGUUAACCCGCUAAACUAAGAUGUUGAACAUGGUAAACAUUAUACCUGCUUAACAUCAGCAUGUUAGCAUUGUCAUUGUGAUCGUGGUAGCAUUUGAGCUAAAUGUUAUCACUAGCAAUUAUUAGAGGAAUCAGGUUUUGAGACUGAAUAGGUGUUUCUUUCUGGUAGAAGAUUUAAAAUAGGAAAAGACCACAAGAGUACAAAAGUACAGCACUGUGCAGAAGCAUGAUGUUAACUACUGUGAACACUUUUCUCUCAUUUCUCUCUGUGCCACUCGCUCUGUCUCUCAGCUUCACUGCAUUCCUGUCAUUACCAGCCCACUACAUGCAUACCACAUUUAUCUCUCCUCCUUCUCGCUUUCAUUUUCUGUCUCUCUUCUCCAUCAUGUUUCCUGAGUCUUUGUUUUCACUCUUUGUUCCCUUCACUCUUCCUCUACAGCGUGCACAUGGGUUCAUGCAGGAUGACGCAUUACGGUGUUACAGGGUGGAUAAAUCUCUUUGGGGAAAGGUGAUGAGUCAGGUAGAUCUGCAAGUGUGUCUGCAUGUGUGUGUGAAAGGGACUCACAGGUUUAAUGAUUGAGGGAAACACUGAGCUCUCUGUGGCUGUCUGCAGCGAGCAGGCGGUUGGAUGUACGACAUCCUCUGCUUCUGAAGAGAUUUGAAUCCACAUCUUGUUCUUAUCUGGGAAUUAUUCACAUUCACAUUUUCUCUGUAGCUUUUUGCGGCAUCUCACACAUUUCUCCGUCCCUCCUCCUCAUUUUUCGACUGUGUCACCAUGGAUAUCGGUGGCCUGACGACAGUGGUGGCCAACUCUGCCUACAUCUCGGCCCGCGGGAGCUUUGAUGGCACUGCCAACCCUGCAACCAAUCGAGACAAGAAGUACCACUCCCGCCUGAAGCUGCCUCACAUCACAGUGUGUGAAGACCUGCGGGAGACUUUAGAUUUGGGCUUCCAGACAGUCUGUGUGGAGCAGCCCAUCGGCAAACGUCUCUUCCAGGAGUUCCUAGACGCCAACAAAGAAUAUAAAGGCCCCUGCCGCCUGUGGAAGGAUAUUGAGGAAUACAACAUGGCUGAGGAUGAAGAUCGAGUCAUGAAAGCGAGCAAGAUCUUGUCCCGGUACAUGGAGCCUGACGCCAAGUAUUUCUGCCCCUUUCUGCCAGAAAACGGCAUCACAAAGGUCAAAGAGAAGCACCAAGAGGCCGGGGACGAUCUUUUCAGUGAGACCACGAACAAUGUGAUGGAUUUUCUCAAGGAAGUGCCCUACACUUUCUUCCUGGAGAGUAUGUAUCUGACAAGGUUUCUGCAGUGGAAGUGGUUGGAGAUGCAGCCCAUGGGAGAGGAUUGGUUUUUGGAUUUUCGUGUAUUGGGGAAAGGGGGUUUUGGGGAAGUGUCUGCCUGUCAGACGAAGGCCACGGGGAAACUGUAUGCCUGCAAAAAGCUCAACAAGAAGAGGCUGAAGAAGAGAAAAGGCAAUGAGGGGGCGAUGGUGGAGCAGAAGAUCCUGGCUCGAGUUCACAGCAGGUUCAUCGUCUCUUUGGCGUACGCCUUCCAGUCAAAAACAGAGUUGUGUCUGGUCAUGACCAUCAUGAACGGAGGAGACCUGAGGUAUCACAUUUAUAACGUGGACGAGGACAACCCGGGGUUGGACGAGCCGCGGGCCUGCUACUACGCUGCUCAGAUCAUCCAGGGUAUGGAGCACCUCCACCAGAAGAGGAUCAUCUACAGAGACCUCAAACCAGAGAACGUGCUGCUGGAUAAUCAAGGUAACGUACGUAUCUCUGACCUUGGUCUGGCUGUGGAGCUGGCUGAUGAUCAGCUCAAAAUCAAGGGCUACGCCGGGACUCCAGGUUUCAUGGCUCCUGAGCUGCUGAAAGGAGAAGAGUACGAUUACUCGGUGGAUUACUUCACUCUGGGGGUCACUUUGUUUGAGUUCAUGGCUGCCAAAGGACCCUUCAGGAGCCGAGGAGAGAAGGUGGAGAAUAAGGUGGUGAAGAAGCGGAUCCUGAAUGAUCCGGUAAUGUAUCCAGAGAAGUUCAGUGAGAACGCCCGGUCCAUCUGUGAGGGUCUGCUGUUCAAAGAGGUCGACAAGAGGCUCGGCUUCAAGAACGGAUCCUGUGACGAGAUCAGGGCGCUCCCCUUCUUCAGCGAGAUCAACUGGAGGAAACUCAAUGCAGGGAUCCUCACACCCCCUUUCGUGCCAGACUCAAAGACAGUUUACGCCAAGGACAUCGACGACGUCGGGGCCUUCUCAACGGUUAAAGGCGUGCAGCUGGAGGAUAUGGACAACCAGUUUUUUGAAGAGUUUGCCACGGGGAACAUCCCCAUCCCCUGGCAGGAGGAGAUGAUCGAGAUGGGGAUCUAUGGCGAGCUCACGGUCUGGGGAGCCAACGGCGCUCUGACCAACGACCUGCGACGUGAAUCCAUCCUGGAGCAGCCGGCCAAGUCCUCAACCUGCACGGUGACGUAAGACAGCGACGACCACAGAGCACCACAGCAAAACAUCCAGCUGUUAAUGGAGGAGUUUACAUCAGCUGAUUGUUUAUUUCUUUAACACUUUUUGUACAAGACUUUGAGGGGGAUCCAUGUCUCUGAUAGAUAAUGAGAUACUCACAGUAUUACCUGCACUUUUUGUCCAGUUUUACUUAUAGCCCUUUACUGUAAACUCAUGUUGUUUAUGUGGACUGACAUGUUUUGUCUUUAUUGCUGCACACUUUUGACUUGUUAUCUAAUUAUCUGUUUCUAACAUUGUCCCACUGUUGGAUUUUUUUUUUAAGUAGAGGAAUGAAUGAUUGAUUAUUUUGUGUGUGUGUCAGUGUGAAUGAAUUGCAAGUAAAAAAUUAGCAUUUUAAUUUCCUUUGCCUUUUUCCACUUUUUGUUUCUCCACUGUGUUAUAAUCGUUUUCUAGCUUCAGACGUGUAAAUAAAACUUGUAUCCAUU